GCCCGCGCCGGUGGCGGAGGGCUCCCGGACCCCUCUCGUAAUCAGAGGUGGCUCUUCUCCUCUUGGCCUCUGCCUGCCCUCCCCUCCCCCCAUCUCUCCUCCUGCCCUCUAUAUAUACAGGUCCUGAUUUGUUGGAGGAAGCUCCGCGAGCCGCCUACAGAAUGGCCCUGGCAGCUUGUUGUAUAAUUUGUUGCAGAAGGAUAGGAACCUCUACAACUCCUCUAAAAAGUUACCUGUACUGGAAAGAUAUCCGAAAUAUUAUAAAGUUUACUGGACCACUUAUUCUAGGAGGUUCUUUAUUUAUUACAUAUGAAGUUCUGGCCUUGAAGAAGUCUGUGACACUAGAUACCCACGUAAUCGAAAAGGAAAAAUUGAAAUCAUAUAUAUAUUUAGAUGCUGUUUCUUUAGAUAAAAGACAAAAUCAAGGUAUCUUAUACCAGGCAAGGAAAGAACUUCACAAAGCGUUAAGAAAAGUAUUGGCAACAUCAGCCAAAAUAUUCCGGAACCCUUUUGAUGACCACUUCAGUACAGUUGAUUUAGAAGAUCAUGAAUAUGGCUUAUGGCUAUUGCUGAAGAAGAGCAGAUCAGAUCACAAAAUGGUUCGAUUGCAGGCAGUGAAAGAGAUGGCCGCAAACCACUACUGGCAUGAUUACCAGUAUAGAACAGUUGCUCAAGCCUGUGAUGUAAGGACUAUUAUUGGAUUGGCUCGAAGCAAGGAAACAGAUCUCCGCUUUUUCCUCCCACCACCUAAUUUGCCACCAGUGAAAGACGAUUACUCCAUUGAAGAAGAGCUUCAACAGCUACUGGCAUCUUUACCUCAGAAUGAAAUAGACCAUUGUAUCCAGUAUUUCACGUCUUUGGCUCUGAGAGAAAGUAGUCAGUCUCUAGCAGCUCAGAAGGGUGGCUUAUGGUGUUUUGGAGGAAAUGGACUUCCUUAUGCUGAAAGUUUUGGCGAAGUUCCUUCAGCCACAGUAGAGAUAUUUUGUUUGCAGGCUCUAGUGAAACAUUCUGAGAUCGCCACACACUGUGAUAAAAUUGAAGCGAAUGGAGGCCUGCAACUACUCCAAAGGAUAUACCAACUUAACAACGACUACCCUAAAAUACAGAGAAAGAUAGUUCGUAUUAUUGGAAAUAUGGCAUUGCAUGAACAUCUUCAUUCGGCUAUAGUCCGUUCAGGCUGGGUUUCCAUACUGGCUGAAGCAGUGAAAUCCCCCCAAGUCAUUCAGGCUUCACAUGCUGCCAGAACCCUGGCUAACCUGGACAGGGAAACUGUGCAAGAGAAGUAUGAGGAUGGAGUGUUUGUGCUGUAUCCACAGUAUCGCUCUAGUCAGCCCAUUAAAGCAGAUGUCCUUUUUAUUCAUGGCCUUAUGGGAGCAGCCUUCAAAACUUGGCGUCAGCAAGACAGUGAUAAGUUUGAAAUUGAAAAGGCCUCAGAUGAAGAAAGUUAUACACAGUGUUGGCCCCAGACAUGGUUAGCAAGUGAUUGCCCUGCUCUUCGAAUUAUUUCUGUGGAGUAUGACACCAGCCUUAGUGAUUGGAGAGCAAAAUGUCCUGUGGAAAGGAAGUCCAUUGCUUACAGAAGUGAUGAACUUCUUCGUAAACUCAGAACUGCUGGUGUUGGAGAUAGGCCAUUGAUCUGGGUAUCACAUAGCAUGGGAGGUCUUCUUGUUAAAAAGAUGUUGGUGGAUGCUUCCAAGAAACCAGAACUUAAUACUCUAAUAAACAAUACCCGAGGAAUAAUUUUUUAUAGUGUGCCUCAUCAUGGGUCCCAUUUGGCUGAAUAUUCUGUUAACAUCAAGUAUCUGCUUUUUCCUUCAGUUGAGGUCAAAGAACUCAGCAAGGAUUCUCCUGCACUUAAAGAAUUGCAAGAAGACUUCCUGAAAUUUGCUAAGGACAAGAAUUUCCAGGUGUUAAACUUUGUAGAAACAUUACCAACCUGCAUAGGUAGCAUGAUUAAUUUACAUAUUGUACCAGUGGAAUCAGCAGAUUUGGGCAUUGGAGAUCUGAUUCCAGUAGCAGUUAAUCAUCUGAAUAUUUGCAAGCCAAACAAGAAGGACACAUUCUUGUACAAACGUACCUUACAGUUCAUUUGUGAGAUGUUAGCCAAAGACCUUGAAAAUUAAUAGGUCUUUAUCCCUCUUGUUCUUUUCUGUUAUGUGGACAUGAGGCUGGACGUGUUUUGGAGAUUUGUGGUCGGCCUCGAAGUCAGCGGGAUGCUACUCUUAUAUCUAUGAAAGGUAAAGCACAAACAGAAGUGGCAAUAGAGAUUGGGUAGCUCACGUGUCUUCCAUUAAAGACAUUUUCAUUGCAUCAUAGUCCACACUUUUAAGAUGGUGGCGCCUGAGACAGAGUCAAAGUCCUUUGGAUAAAUGACCUUAUUUCAGCUGUGAUGGGCCCUUGGAUUCCCUCAGAAGGAGCAUUAUUGGAACUAGAAGGGAUUGAAUAGCAUCAUGCACUUCUUAACCAGAACAAUCUGCCACUUAGUGGAUACCUGAAAUGGGGGAACAACUACCCCUAAGGAUCAAAAUAGAGUAGAUUUUGAUUAUUCUGUCUCUCUAUGCAGUAGAUUAAAAAAAUAAUCAAACUUCAGCUGUCUCCAUUUCAAAACUGGCUUUUUCCACAUCUGAGUGACUGAAUUGGCAUCACACAGAUAUACAUUUUUUGGUAUGCUUCUGUUGCUAAGUAUUAAUAAUUCUCUUGUAUGUCAGCUUAGGCUAACCUUUUAAAUAAUGUACUAUUCUGCUAUUAACUUAUUCUUAGUAAAGAGAGUUGUUGAUUAAUCCAAUUUUAAGUAUCAAAUAAACCUAUUUUUUUUUUAAAAAAACUGUACUUGAGCAACACUUAGAACCACUCAGUGAUAUUCUAUUAUACUAUUUUGGAUUUGGCAGACAUUUCUUUCCAUAAAAUGGGACAUUUUUUUAAGAAGCAGUGAGGGGUAAGGACAUUAGAAAGAAAUUUAAGAGGGGCAACUAGGUAGCAUAGUGGAAGAGCACAAGGCCUAGAGAGGGGAGAUCCUGGAUUCAAAUGUGGUCUCACAUACUUCCUAGCUGUGUGACCCUGGGCAAGUCAUUUAACCCCCAUUGCCUAGUUUUUUUAAUUGCUCUUCUGCUUUUGGAAUUGAUACUCGGAAUUGAUUCUAAGACAGGAGGUGUAAAGGGUUGUUUUUUUGUUUUUGUUUUUGUUUUUGUUUUCAUGAAAGAAAAUUAACAAUGAUUGUUGAUCCUACUAGUUAUCAAAGUAGAUAUAAGGCUAUGUGAACAUGGGUUGAUAGGAAUAUUGUUACAUCAUAUGUAGAUGUGACAGGUGGUUGAAAGUUUAACAUGUUUCGUUACCCAUUUGUUUGGGAAAGAACUAAAAAGUAAACCUGUAGGUUUUUAUGGCCCCAUAACUUUUGUGACCAUAGAAUGUUUUGGUAUGGAAUAUUUCCUUUUUAUCUUGUCUACUAAUGACCUAUAACUGAAAACAUGUAGUUUUCAAAAUUUAAUUAAAUUCAAAGAAUACUCUCCAAGUAUUCCUGGAAUCUUAAUGUAGUAGGUAUUCCUCUUAUUGAGAAUAAGAUCAGGGAAAGCUGUCCAGCUUUGCUACUAACUUAUAAGUUUGCAAGGAAGUUACCUAGAUAGGGUAGUGCACACACUGUAUAUGAAAAUACUAACAAAAGCAUCAAAUAAAUUUAUAGCACUGUAAAAUCUGCUGUGUAUUGUCAGUGCGUUGUUUUAUUUGAGCAUCACAGUAGCCCUGGAGUAAAGCAUUUUACAUCACGAAGAUUAAAUGAUGAGGUCUUUAGUUGGCAUUAGCUUUUAAAAAACCAAGUGCUUAAAUGUUGAGAAGUGAUAAGAAAAGAUUUGAAUAAUUUCAGAAAACAGCCAUUUUAUUAAUACAUUAAUUUCAUUAAUGGUUUGUUUUCAGUGAAACUUGGAGAAAAGACUGAUUUUGCUUUUUUUCCUCUGAGAUAAUUACCCAAGGUUCCUGACCACAUUUUGAGGUGAUUGUUUAAAUGAUUCUGAGGGUACCUAAUCAUGAUCAUAUUUAGGGACAUACUAGGCAAUUUCCAGGUACUGCAGGUUCUGCUUUUUAAAACAAGCUUCAGUGAGACAGAAAGUUGCCAUUUGUAAUUAUAAACCUUGACCCUUCCUACUCAGCAUUUGCUUUUCUGCACAUAUACCUUAGGAAAGACAAUAUUCUCCAUCUUUAGGUAUUAUAGGUAGGAAACUGACUGGAAAAUAGAAUAAAAUAGAUCUCCUUCUGUCUCAUGCUUUGACUCUGAGCAGAUUCACAACUUUAUAGUUAUACCCAAAAAGAAUGUUGAAGGUAUUUCUUUCUGCCACAUGGAGAUACAUGGAGAUAACAGGUGCCAGCAUUUCACAACUGGAAAUAGAGCACAAUAAUGCAAUGAUGUUUACAAUGUCUUCCAAUUUGUGCUGUGUUCAUACCUCACAAUGCCUCUGAAGUCCUUUUGUAAAAUUAUUGGGAUUUGAGACACAAACCCUGAAUUUUCAUCUUUCUGUACUAUUGGUACAUCAGUGUAUACUUUUAUUGUUGUUUUAUGUAAUAACAAUUUUGUACCUGUGGGAAAUGUGUUUAAUAAAAAUUUAACUUAAAAGUACCUAAA